AUGUCUCAUCCUGAAUUCAUCUCUUUGGAGAAAAACGAAAAGUGCCUCGAAUGUGGGAAAUGUUUUACCAUGAGAUCAACCCUGGUGGUACAUCAGAGAUGUCACACUGGAAAGAAACCCUAUGGGUGUCCAGAAUGUGAGAAACGAUUUGUGGAUUGGUCUGAAUUUCAGAGACACCAGAAAUGGCACAAAGGGGAGCUGCCCCAUAGAUGUGGGGAGUGUGGGAAAAGUUUUGUUACGCCAGCCCAUGUUCAGAUUCAUCAGAGAAUCCACACAGGGGAGAAACCCUACAAAUGUGGGGAGUGGAGGCCUUUUGGAGUCAUCAUAAAACCCACACGGGAGAAACCCCAUCAAUGCAACGACUGUGGAAGAUUUUAUAGUACCUUAUCAGUCCUUGGAGCUCAUGUGAAAAUUCACACAGGGGAAAAAAAUUACAAAUGUUUGGACUGUGGGAGAACAUUUGCUCAGUCAUCUGCCCUUAGAAGUCACAGCCGAAUCCAUACAGGAGAGAAACCUCACAAAUGCUCAGAGUGUGAUCGGUGUUUUUCUCGGAAAGAUUCUCUUGUGAUACAUCAGCGAAUCCACACUGGAGAAAAAGCGUAUAAAUGCCUGGAGUGGGAAAUGUUUUCAUA